GGACCUGCGGCGGGGAAGCUACGACAACAGCGUGUCCCCCAAAAAUCUGCCACUCAGGAACGCUCCUCCCCGCCGGGGCUCAGCACCUUCACUCGCCUUCAGCAAAGCUCUAAGCAAGCCGUGGUGGUCUGCAGCCAGCAGUUCGCGGGAGGUGAAGGAACUCUGGCUGGGCUCACUCCUCGGGCAAACAAAAGGACCCAAGGAAACCAGAGUGACCAGAGUUCCCCCGAUUAAACUCCUAAUGAAAGUGUUAAGCAGCUGUAAUACUUCAAAGACACUAAAUGCUGGGAACAUGGAGAGUUUGAUUGAGUGCCAGUCAGAGGCUGAGGUCAAGAAAUGCCCCCUCUUGGUCCCGUCAGAUACUGAAGAGGGCCUUUGCCACUUGAUGGCAGAUGGAACUAAGAAAAGAAAGAAGGUGAUAUCAUGGCCAUUUGCUCUGCGACGAACCUCUACCAAUGGAGACUGCCCAGGGCAGCUGGAUUCUGGCCUCAAGAUCCCUCUCUUUGGCCAACCUCUGGCAAUUAUUUGUGAGGAAGAUGAGAGGCUGCCCCAACCAGUCCAGGAUCUCCUGGCUAUCUUGUAUAGGGAAGGCCCUUCCACUGAGGGGAUCUUCAGAAAAGCUGCCAAUGAGAAAGCCCGCAAGGAGCUGAAGGAGGACCUGAACAAAGGCGGGAAUGUUGAUCUGGAGAGCAAAUCUGUGCACCUGUUGGCAGUGGUCUUGAAGGACUUCCUCCGAAAUAUCCCCUCCAAACUCCUGUCAGCCGACCUGUAUGAGAGAUGGAUGCUAGCUCUGGAGAAGCCAAGCAAGCAGGAAAAAAUUGAAGGCUUGAAAGAAGUGGCUGACAAACUGCCCAGGCCAAAUCUCCUCUUGCUCAAGCACUUGCUUGCUGUGCUCCACCACAUCAGCCAAAAUGCAGAGACCAACAGGAUGGACUCCAGCAACCUUGCAAUCUGUGUUGGGCCAAACAUGCUGAGCCCAGACAUGGACAACAUGCUCCCGCUGGAAGUGCAGAAAGAGAUGAAUGACAAGGUGACAGUGUUGGUGGAGUUCCUCAUAGACAACUGUGCAGCAGUGUUUGGGGAGGAUGUGGCCUUGCCUUUCAGCCCUUUGGCUGAGGAGUCCCGCAAGCACAGAGACAGCACCGCAGAACACCCACGGGCUACUCAGCAGAAUGGUUCUGCCCAUGGUAGCCCAGAGCCUGAUGCCGAAUGCAGCCCCCGUACCUCAGAGAUGGAGCAGCCCAAAGGGAGAAGCACGAGCAUGAGCGGAAGAUAUCCAACAGGUGUCUCUGCUCCUUCGCUGCCUCAAUUUACAAAUGAUGUCAGCACUAUGGACAGGAGGUACUCAGAGCCAGACCUGUUCUUCCAGAACUGCUUGGAAGGCAGGAUAAGGGACCAGAAGCUAACCAAAAGUGAGGACAAUUUUCCUCUUCGGCAGAGACAGCUCAGGGUGGAGAACAAGGCACUGGAAAAACGGCUUUCAGUCUUGCCUUCACAACUAUCAGAUGACUCGCUACCCAGAACAUCUUCCAGUUGCUCCCUGGAGAGCUCCUUUUCUGGCUCUGAGGGCUCAGUUUUCACCAGCUCCCCAUUAGAUUCACCAACUAGUCCCAAAAAGAACUUUUUAAAUAGGCCUCAGUCUUUUUCAGCCACACCCAUGGAGAACAGCAGCACACCUAGCAGAGAGAUCAAAAAGCACUCCAUGUCCUUCUCUUUUGCAAAUCACAGGAAAACACUAACAAAAACCCAGAGUUGGGGGCCUGGAAAAAACAUGUGUUUUCCAAGAGACAGCUUCACAACAAAAGGAAAUCAGUUCUCCUGCAGAACUGUGCAGGGAAACAUGCCUGAUGAGAACAAGCCGUUGCCUGUGGGGUAUCAGCAAAGGCCCCGUUUCAGGUCUGCUGAUGAGGUGUUUAGAGAGGUGGACCAGAGGAAUCCUAGAAGACCACCCACUUAUGAAGAGGCUACAAAAAACUGCCUGUUCACUCAAGUUCCCUCCUACAGUCUUACAGUUCAAACUAUGAGAUCAACGAUGUCAAAGCAGGAUGCUUUGCCACUCCAUCCAUGCACCAGCUGUGCACAGGACAUAGCAUAUAUGGCUCCAAGGGAUCUACUCAGUGACCGAGUUUCUGCAGGGAAGGAUUCUGAGGGAGAAACUGCAACCCACAAUGUUGCUGUUGGAGUAAACUCCCGUGUGAGUUUACCUGUGACUCCUGGAGUUUAUCGGCUGAGAGCCAUGUCUGAAUCCUGUCAAAAGAACAAACACGAGUACGUGGCUCGGCGGUGCAGCCAGCCCAUUUUUGAGGUAGACCAGAUCCAGUAUGCGAAAGAGUCCUACGUUUAAAAAGCCUAUCCCUCCACUUUCCAUUAUACAAAGUAAAUAUUGUAAAACAGAUGUCUUGCUCAUUCUUUGUAAGAUUUUACUUUCAAGGGAUGAAAAAUAAGCUAGCUCUGCAUGAGCAUUUUUUACUGGGGGACUCUCCUGAAGUUGUCGUCAGCUUGACAUGUCACGUUUUUCCACCAGAAGAGGUAGGGUGGACAGACCUAUGUAUUCUUAUGUAAAAAUUUAAGUGAAUAUGCUGUAUAUAACCCGUUCUAUGGGAUAUCUAGUCAGUAGCUGAUAAACAGUGUUGUAUUUGUAUCCCUAAAAGGGCAAUUUCCAAAUUGGCAUGUUCUAAACCUGUCCCACCUUCCUUUUCUUUUUCUGUAUGGCUACAGACUCCAUGCUAUUUGUCAUAUAUGUGCGUCUAUCUGAUGCAAUGCUAUUUUGUCAUCAACGCCAUUUCCACACUCUUCCAUAAUACCCCUUGGACCUUCUGCCAUUCCCUCUUCCUGCUUACUAGUCAUGAGAAAAAUCUGCCCACUAACCAGCAUUAGUAUUGCAUCCUGAACCAGGAUCUAGAGCCAUUAUAGCCCUACAAGGUCAGUAUGGGCAAGUAUCAAGCAAGAGUCACCUGGCCUGAGGUACUUUUAGUCUAAAAUAUUGGACAGGCUGAGGUGAAAGAAUUAGUAUCUCCAGGUUUGUUUUUGUGAGCAAAAAAGAAAUAAAUCCUGUAAGCAAAAACUCUGGAUUCCAGUUUUCAAGAGCUAAGCCUGUUCCUCAUUUGUAAAAUGAUAAAAAAUGUUGGCAGCAUCCUUAUAACCUUGUAAAAAUGACUGGAAGUGCAAUGUGCUUGUACAUAUAGGAACUUGUAUGUGGUUAGUACUUAACUCCAUGUUUGUGGCUCAGCGUAGCCUUGAACCAGGAGCAGGGAGACUUUUGUGUGACUCCUGUGGAACUUCACUACAAUAAAGCACUUUUUGGCAUGA